GGAUUACUAAGGGUAAGAAUAUAAUAUACUUAACAUCACGUCUUCCAGCUCUUUUUUCUACCCAGACAUUGUACCCGCAUCUUGCAUAUUACAUCUGAGCGUUUCUGCGUGCUAUACACAAUGAAGGCCUAUUACUACGACAACGCUCCUGGCGACCAACGCGAAGACCACGACUCCGGCCGUGAAGUCUCCCCGGUCUACCUCGAAUCUCUAGGCGUAAUCUACCACCACCUCCCGAAGGUCUCCGACGUCGACACUCUCGCGCAGACCCGCGGCUACAAGAACCGGGACGAAAUCACAGUCUCGCCUGAGAAAAUGGGCGCCAUCUACGAAGAAAAAGUCAAAUCAUUUUUCCACGAGCAUCUGCACGAAGAUGAAGAAAUACGGUACAUUCUGGACGGAGAAGGGUUUUUUGACGUGCGGAGUGAGAACGAUGAUUGGGUCAGGAUUCGUCUGGUUAAGGAUGAUUUGAUUAUUCUGCCGGCGGGGAUUUAUCAUCGUUUCACGACUGAUUCGAAGAAUUAUAUCAAGGCUAUGCGACUAUUCCAGGAUGAACCGAAAUGGACGCCGCUUAACAGAGGCCCUGAGGUCGAUGUGAACCCUCAUCGUCAAGCCUAUCUGCAGACCAGAGAGUCUUAGUCCCUUAUAGAUUUGUUAUAGCGCAUGGAAAGGCCCUUACGUAAAUUGCCUCGGCAUGACACCAAGUGCAUAGCUAGCUAUCAUGCAAAUAAAUUAAUAAUUAUA